UCUAAUUAACAAUAAAACUCUGAAUUACCAAAUUCAUUAUGAUUUAGCAGUAUAUUACUUCUCGGUCAAUAACAUGAAUAUGGCUAAAGAACAUUUCGAACAUGUAUGGGUGAAUAAAAACGAUGAAUUGUUCAAUGAUUGCUAUCUAACGUUUGAUCUCAACACUUUAUACAAUUACUGUCUGGCAUGUGGUAUAACUACAGAAACUCUAGAUUUUCCCGUAGGAGAGAUUGAUGAACGCAAAGUAGUCGAUGAUAACCAUUCAUCACUAGUUACUAAAGGCUCGUAUAGUUAUGAAGCAUUCGAUCGAAUAUAUUCUGGCAUCCAAAAUGCUAGAGAAGUUCUAAAUGUGCUGAAAAGUAAUUUGUCCACAGAAGAUGAAUUGGAUUUGAAUAGUUUUCAAAUUGUUUACAAUGAAAUAAUCAACAAACAAUUAUGGUCUUCGGAAGACGUUAAAAAACUAGACAUUCUAUUUCUUUUAAAGAAUAUUAUUGUCAGGGAGAAUUCCGCCUUAAUGUACGCUAGCGUCAAAAAGAUUUUCGGCGAUAUGACUAAGGAAAUUCUCGAGUAUUUUACGGAGAUUAUUCGAGAAAUUUACACGCAAAGUCAACAAAUCAAGGACAUUAAUAUAACCCGCGCGCGAAUCAGAGGCCUUAUAAUUUAUCUAGCCACGAUUUUAGUUGAUCGGACCUCUAAAAACGUAUCCCUUUUAUUGGGGCUUUGCGAAAUUUUGCGGGCAAACAUAAUUCCCCGUGAAACCAAUCAGGACAUAAAGGACCAACUCUCGAAUAUCGUGAAUGCGUUGGAGCUUUCGGCGAAAAAGACGGCUAAAAAUACAAGUGUCAGCGAUGGCGACACGAAAAUUGCCGCUAAAUCUCUCAAAUCCAAAUCUACACAUCUUUUAGACGAUCCAAAAUCUUACUCCGAGGAUGAUGAUCUCGAAAUAACGAAUCUCAAUAUGCGGCUCUUGAAAUGCAAAAACCCUUGGACAGUCAAGGAUAUCCUUCUAACGUUAUCCAACGAUUACCAAAAAGAACCCACGUUUCUAUCACGUUUCGAUGAUAUGCUACCGCGCCAUCUUCUGAAUUCGUUGGUGAACCUUCCAACUGGUAUAAGGCGAAAUUAUAUCCAUUUGAUUCUGAUCAAAGCGCGGCAAUGCCAAUCUACCGAAAAAUAUAGAUUGGCUCAGAAUUUGAUCAGGUGUUGCGAAACGGAAUUGAUAAAUUUCCAAGAACAGUAUUCCAACUCCUCUCAAAAUAGUGCCAAUAAAGAUCCCCUCUACCAAAAUUCUUCCUUGUUACUCAAGUACGUUCGGUGGGAACUCCUAUUUUGUCGAUUGCGGAUAGAGCUACAAAAUAGAUCCGCGAUGGCAAAUGAUAAGAAUUCUUACGGGCUCAUAAAUGAUACCAAAGCGUUUCUGCAUAAUUUGCAAGCCUUUGAAAAUGAUAUGAAUAUACUUAAUUCUGAAAUCGUUUGUGCGGCCUUAAUCUACUUGCUGAAGAAUGAAGAAGACGAAUAUUUGACCAAUUUCUUCCCAAAUCCUUCCAUAUUCUAUAUGAACCUGGCUAGUUGCUUGAUCAAUUUGAAAAACGAAUUCAAUAAAAUCGAUAUCGAGAAAAAGAUUUUUACCUUGCUCGACCUGUCACCCGCCACCAAAAUAGCCCUCUCCAAGUUUUGGGAUCUAGUGAACACGCUAUUCUCGGACCCCUCGGACCUUAACAAAAACGCUCCUUCAAAAUUACCUAGCGUGAUUAGCGGCGGUCAAAAUCCGAACAAAAACAAAUGCUCAACCCCUCCGCCCAUAUUUAGCAAUCUUGCCACACAUUCCGCCAGCUUGAAAUUCCCUUUGGACGAUAAUUCCCUGCCCGGUAACGGCAUACUGGGCCUUGGAGGAAAUGCUCAAAAUCAACCCACGAGCAUUUUACCCCUGCCUCCUCCCCCUAUAUUCCCUCACCCGCCCCACCAUCUGAGAUACCUGAUUCAACAUCAGCACAAACAAAACAUUCAAAGGAUUCCUCUGUUUAACUCUAUUUUGAGGAUACCUCCGCCAAUGUCUAACGCGAUCCGAUCUACCCCCUUUAAUAUGGGUUUAAAUAUCAACUCACAUGGCAUGGACGUCGAUUUUAAAGUCGGGUACAUAAACAAUUACCUCUCCUUGAAUGGCGAUAAAAUUUUAAUGGAUUUCAUCAACCAAUUGAACAUUAUUCAGGAACCCGUGUAUAUGACUUUAAUCGGAAGUUGUCUAUUGAAGAUUUACUCAUUAGUCAAGGAUGAGCUGUGCUUUGAUUUUGUAUUUCCGUACCUUCAAUAUUGGCCAUCCUUAUUACUAUUUCCUCAGUACAAAAUUAACGAGCUGGAAGACAUCCUAACCUUUUGCACUAACCAAGCAUUAAAGAUUUGUUCUAACCCAACAUCUUCCAGGGUUCCUUGGUUGUUACUUAGAGCUGAUAUGGAAUAUGUUAACAAAAACUGGUUCACAGCCAUGGGAUAUUACAGCCAAGCCCUUUUCGUACAAACCAAUCUUGGAGAACCGUCGGAAUGUAGGAAGGAAUUUAAAAUAUUUUCUAACGACAUGUACAUCAGGAUGACAAAAUGCUGCGUGGAGAUGGAAUCCAAUAUCGAAGCUGCCCUUAUAUGCCAAUUAACAAACCCCGUGGAUUACGCCAGGGCAUUUCAGGUCAUUUCGCAAGCCCUGGCCACCACUACGCCCGACACUGGUUCUUACUCUAACAUUCAUAACACUGAAUACAGUCCUUACACAGAUCAAGACGUCAUGGCCGAGGACCUAAUCGCAGGUAACGACAAUGGGUUCGACAAAAAUACGACAAAACCGCAGAAUAUUUACAAUGGGAAGCAGGACAAAUUUUGCUUAGCCUCCGAUAGUCUGUAUGAUAUGAUGUGGGAUAUGACGCUGGUGGAGUACGUAGGGUCUAUGCUGACCAGCUUCGAAAACCAGUUCAAAAUUAAACGCAACAAAUUAUUGGAUAUAAUAUCGGACCCGAAUUUCAAUAUGCACAAUGCUCGAAACAUACUUAAUGUAGCGGUAUCAUACAAAAAAUCAAAAUUGUUAUCUUUUUUGGUAACAAAAUACAUUAUUAAUAAUUGACAAAUUACGAUUAUGUAUAAUAAAUUUUUUUUAAUAGUGGAAAUC